AUGAAUGCCCAUCAGCAACAUCAGACGUACUCUCAUACACAGCAGCCUAUCUAUCAAAUGCAGCACCCGUAUCAAGAUUCCCAUUAUCCUCCGCAAUCAGGACAUUCACAACAUCACAUGCAGCCUCAGCAUUUGCAACCUCAACCCCAGCAUCUGCAACAUUUACAACAGCAGCAAUCGCUUCUUAAUCAGCUUCAACAGCUUCAUUCAAAUUUGAAUCACAGUCGAUCUCACUCAUUCAGCUCCGAUAUGGAGCAUCCUUUUCACUCGGUUAGUCCUGGCAUGCCAGGCCAGCAUCAAAAUGACAUAGAUCUUUUCCAACCAGCACAGUACCAGCAGUACUAUAUGCAACAGCAUCUUGCUCAGAAUGGGAUGAAUGACUCGGGAAACUUUAGUGACUCUGGCUCAACACAACUUUCAUCGACUCGUCCAUCGUUGACCAACAGCCUUCUUCACGAUCCUUACAUUGAAAGACCGCGUUCUGCACCUGGCAUGCGUCUUGGACGUCCGGCUUCAACUCGCAGACUUGCUGGUCGCAGGUCUUCCGUCUCUUCCAGCCCUGUAGCUGCUGAAAAUCUCAAGUCGGUGUCUUCUUCACCAGCGUACACACCUGUUACGGUUGACACCAGCACUCCCCGUGGCGGAAAGCGCUACGUUUGCACUUUUGAGGACUGUGGCUCUCGCUUCAAGACUGGCACACAUUUGCGUCGUCACCGAUCUGUUCAUUCCAAGGAUCGACCAUUUCCAUGUCCCUUUGAGAACUGCUCCUCGCGCUUUACUCGCCAGGACAAUCUGAACCAACAUAUGCGUCAUUGUCGUUUGAAUCCAUCACCUAAUUCGCGCACUAGCUCUCCCGCAAAGCGUCUUGAGCUGCUACGAUGCGAGUCUCCCCUAAGUACUUCUGACGAAAGUUCAAACAAACGAUCAGGCACCUUGUUUCCCCGUAGUUCUACGUUUGAUUCUGUCAGCUCCAACCUAUCUACAGCUGCGCCCACUCCUUACCGCUCACAUCCUUCCAUGGCUGCCGCCAUUACGGCCAAGCAAGCACUUGAGCGUAUUAAGCGUGACACUAUAGCUGACUCAGAUUUUAACGGUACCAACAAUUUUCUGCUUGGAAAUGGUUCGUUUGGCUUCAAUCAGAAUGGCAGCUAUAGUAGCUUUGACAGCGACGAUUCCUCUAAUCCCCAGCUCAAGAAUAUUGAUUCUAAUUCCAACAACCUGCCUACCCCAAUUGCCUCCCCUUCGUUUGGUCCUAUCCAAGGCGAUGCUUUUGCUCAAAGACUUGUGGCCCCGUUUAUGGUUUCACAGUCUCCAUCUUCCAGCCCACUGGUUGAAGGAAGCACUGCACAUCGUCCUCUUUUGCCUAACCUUGGAUUUGAUUCGUCUACAUUUGCGUCACCCAUUUCUGGUGCCGAAACCAAUAGCGCCAGAAUAGAUUCUGAUGGUCAUGGCAGCAGUGCUUUGUACUCCCAUCCUAUGAAUCUCACUUACCAUCCCAUCUCCCACCAAUCUGCUGACUCCCCCGCUUUGUCUGAAAUGAUGCCGUUUGGUAAUCUAUCCCUCGAGUCGGAUGAUCACUACAUGGCUCAAUUUCUGCCGCAACAGCCCAGCUAUCAACCUUGGGAACAACAAAACUCCGCUUCUACCGAAGCAUUACCUGCAACCACCCAGUCGGAAGAAAGCACUUAUCUUCCCAUUUUUCCCGAAAACAACAACCUCGACACCUUUUUGACUUCACUUAUUGGGGAUAACCAAACUCAGGUUUCGGGGUCAACCAAGGACGAAGCCGACGAGCCGCAAGCUCAAGCCCAAGCUCAAGCUCAAACUGCUACAACUCCUCACACCACCAACUCUGGCAGUCAGCCCAUACAUGCAAAGCAUUCGACUCUGAUUUCCAAUACACCCGCUGGUUUGAUGCAGUCCAACUUCCCUGCUGCUGCACCCAACAACAUGCAGCCUUGA